AUGCCUUUCGAUGUUAGGAGGUGAGUACGGGCUUUCCUCCGUGUUUUUCUCACAGAAGAAGAGGCGGGGGUGUUUGUUGUGCAGUCUGUGAGCUAGAGAUGAUGAAUAAACUGUUUGUGAAGAAAUCUUUUCUAAUGAGUGGGAGAAAGUUGAAACAGUCUUGGCUCACUUUUGGCAUGAAUGGACUCUAUUGUAGCGAGGGCUGUCGACUGUUUUAGGAGUCUGAGUGAUGCUCAGGUAGGAGUUUUUGUCUUGGUUUCUUUCUGCGCAUGUGCAGAUGUCCACAUCCAUCCUCAUUUUUCUAAGACGUGAAAGUGAGCACAGUGACCCCGGGACUAGUUUCCAGUUGACAACGGCUUUUCAUAGCUGCAUGUUUUACCCAACAAAUUUUACAACCAUUGUAUCGUCUAAUUUACAUUUCAGCCCGGUAUGCUUUCCCAAAUACACAAUACUAGUAUCAUUAGCCACCAGUACACAGCUAUCACUGACAGGUUGCCUUUCAGAAUACACUAUUACACAGACAAUGAGAGAAUCUAUCGAUAAUUGGGCACAGAAACACAGAGCCACAUGUAAGAGCCUCACCUAUGAAGCUGUUGAAACUAUCAUCAGAGCACACCCUAUUAAUUUAAUGGACAGGAUGUUUGCAGAGCUUGGGGACAGAUACUAACUGCUCUGUCAAACCCUUAUGUAUACAACCCUGUACUGAAGAGAGGAAAGGGUUGCCUCUGCUACCAAAAUGAAAUCAUGUAGGACGGCCAUGGUUGAACCAAAUAGUAUUAAGUAGUUUAAUUUGUUUAUAUCAGAUAAAAACACUAAAACUGCCCAGAAGACAAAGUAGUUCACUACACUUUUAUCCAAGUACCUUAAAAUAGAGUACAAUUAAAUGACUAAAAGACAGUUAGUCCCUACAUUUGGUAAGCUUAAGCAAGAGACAAUGUCAUAAUUUCUAUAAUUUAUGACAUCAAAAUGGCUGCUUUUUAGGGAUGGGAAUUGAUAAGAUUUUAUCGAUAACAAUUCCAUUAUUGAUUCUGCUUAUCGAUUCAAUUCUUUAAUGAUUCCCUGAACAAUGCCUUUCUUUGAUUUAAAAAAAAAAAAGUAGACUAUAGAUUUUCACCGUUAACUCCAAUUUUAUUGAGUCUUUGUUAACAGAAAAAGAUGUAUGCCACUUUUAGUGAGAGUCUAAAAAUAAUCGAACAACAAACUAUAUUUACAGCAUCUACUUCGGUCGGUAUUAGGUCAAAUACAUAAUAUGUUGUUAAGUCUGGCAAGCAUUGUGCUAAUGUUAACACAGGACAUCUUUCUUAGUCAAAUUGAGCCACACUUCAGAUCGUUUCUGCCUAAUUUUUGUGCUCUCAGACAUGUUUUUUUCCUUGUCACUGUUCUCGUAGAUUGGCUCUUACGAGACCACUUUUCACGGCACCUAGAAGAAAGGAAUCGUUAAGGGAAUCGUUAAGAUAAAAUGUAAAUGAUGUCAAUGGAUUGAACCAUUUGGAACCGGUUCUCAACAAGAAAUGGUUCUCAAUUCCCAUCCCUACUGCUUCUUGAUUUCUUUUGAAUUAAUAAUUGAUUAAAUGGGGGCGGCAGUAGCUUUGGAGGCAGAGCGGUUGUCCAACAACUGCGAGGUUGGCAGUUUGAUUCCCCCCUACCCCUAGUCUGUCUGUUGUGUCCUUGGGCAAGACACUUAACCUACCUUGCUCCCAGUGUGUGUCCCCCACUGGUGUAUAAUUCGUGUGUACGUCGUUUUCAAUAAAAGUGUCUGCUAACUGAAAUUGUAAUCUUGUAAAAAAAAAAAUGACCCCACGUUUCUUUUACAAUAUUACAGGAAAGGGAGGCUUUAAAAAGAAAAGAAAAUAGCACACAAGUGUUCUCAUUUUUUCUUCAUUUUAUUUCAUCCUAAGUUUAGUGGGACUGUGAUAAGCAUUUUUCUCGGUCUGUUUCCUCCUGUUUAUCUACCCUCAUUUUUUCCACUGACCACAGCUUUGUUGUAAUGACAGAAUGAAUUUGUCAGCAUAGAGGCUCUGUUGUAAACUCUCGUUGACACCACAGUAGGUGACCUGUACUUGAUAGUCGUGUGAGAGCAUGUGUGUCAUGGUGUCAUGAUGUGGUCAUAUCCUGUUAAGAUGCUUCGCUAACUUCAUGCCCUGUUUUUACAAAACCAGCAUUGCAACAACUGGAAAUAGCUCGAUUUACCAACUACUUAACAGUGAGGUUUCACCCACUCAGAAACACUGGUAGGUUAGUCAGCAGUAUGACAGUGUGUCGCAAACAGUGUAGCGUAGCUUACCGUAGAUUACACCAUGUAAUGAGAUAGCAUGUAUUCCCAGAAUGCUGUGGUUUAAUGGACAAAUGACUGUUUUAACCACAUCAGAAGAAAACUUUGGUCCAUUUUUUUCUCACAGUUCUAAUCAUCAACAUCCAGUAUGGAAAACAAAACCAAAACUGUCUUUUUGUGUAUCUCAAUAUCUGUCUGUGACACUUAAUCCCAAUCUCACAGGUUUCUAUGACUGGUUGUGUAAUUGGUAUAUUUCUUUACUGAUAGCAUGGAAUUAUAAAGACUGAUAAACAUUUCCCCUGUGUUCCCAGAUUUGUGUUGUUGUGAAUCAUGGGGUUGGCAUUAGCUAACAAUGCUUCAUCUGUUUAUUCUUAAGGACUACUACCAAUCGCAGAUUGUAAACUGUUGUUCGUCAACAAAAAAAGAACAAUUUAAUACUGCCACCUGUAACACGAAGACAACACGACAAAACUGAAAUGAUAAAAUAUUUGUGAGCCAAUUUUGAAAUUUUUACGUUUUUCCAUGCUUGUCUGAUAAAGGAUUUUAAGGCAGUUUGAUAGGUCAGGGUUCUCUCUGUCAACUUGGGACUACAGACAGGUUGUUUUAGUACCCAGGCUCUUUUACCCCUAUGCCAUGUCAUGUCACUUGCACGCACGCAGAAUAAGGUUUGGCGUGUUAUUGCUUUAUUGAAAAAACAGCAUUGUCUAGCUGGCAGCACUUGUUGCUCCAAUAAUUGUAUGAAUUGUUUUGCAUUUAAGAUGCCUUUUCAGGUAUAGUGUUAACUGUAUAAACAGACAGCAGUCUUGACUGAUUCUGAGCUCAUGUAGUUAUUCCCACUACAGAGUCAAGUCAGUUUUUAAUGCAGUGAGGCAUUAAAUUCACAGUCAUUAAGCAUUUUUUUUUCCAGUUGCUAAAAAAUAUUGAUGGAAGCUAGUUUUAAUGUUGUGAGUAUUUGCUGUCAUAAUACAUCACUGACUUUAAAUUGUCAAAAUCAGAAUAAACCGUCUUCUGUUCGGGAUGCUGUUCAGCCGUGAUGUCACAGUCUCUAUUCAUCAAGAGAAGCUCAUUCAGAGUGACUGAACAUCUUUUCUUCAGUAUGAAUAAGAGGACAACAGCAUUUAUGUCUGAGCUUAAUUGACCCUCAGCUUAUGUCAUUUAUUGACAAAGGAGGUUUGGUUUGUGCUGAGCUGAUGAUGUAGUGUGUUUGCUCCUGUGAUGAUUAGAUCACUGCGACUAAGCGCUGAAGGAAGGAUGCUCAGUGUCAGUGGCCGUCUUAUCUUGACAGUAACUGUUUGCUGGUUUUGACGUACAUGUUAGGCAGAUGGCUGGAUAGAAAAAAGGAAGUAGGCAUAAAUGUUGUCUUGUGAUGCGAGAUGAUCGUAUGUAAAAUAAAGAAUAGUUUAGGUAGUUUUUCACCCCAUUGCUUCAAAACAAGAACCACUGACUCAUAAGUGACUCAUUUGUGAGCUCUAUGGUUAAUUUAGUAAGGUCCUUUUCUUAAAAAAGCAACCCUGUGGUGUCAACAUAGAGAUGCCGGUACAGCGUGUACUCUAAUCAAAAAACAUCUGAGCCCCUUCACACACCACUGAGCAGUAGGAAGUGAUGUAGGGAGAUGUACUGACUGUAAUUCAGGAAAUUACAAACGUCAAGGAUGGACAUCAUCGAGUCAACAUUAACACUCAUGAAUACAAAGUGUUCUGAGCACAGGUAAUGAGGUGAAACUAAGCCCCACUGCAACCUUUAGUAUAAGAAAACCUGACCGUAACAAAGGUAGAGGGGAGGUAAGAUGUCCCAAUAUUUUAUUUUAUUUUUAAAUUGAAUUUUGACAGAGUUACAAGAAUAACAAAACCGUUAAGAGGGCAUUAAGCUAGCAGUGUUUUCGUUUUGGAAAGAAACAGACCUCACUUAAUACAUCAUUUCUCAAAAGAUAUCAAUUAAUUUUCAGAUGAUAUUCUAGUGUAUUCUCAGAAAAUAAUGUGUUAUGACAUUUUUUAGAUGCUACUUUAUUUACCAGUUUAUCUCAAGUUUAUCCCACAGGCAGAGGUAAAAUGAGUUUGACUCCCUUCAGCUGGCUCUUAUAAUCUUUGAUGUGGAGUGAAGUGUCUUACAUCUGUAGAAAAUCAGUCAAGAAUUUAACACAAACACUGAUUUACUGUACGUCGUCUUUAUCAUCCCUACAUUGAGGUCAUUGUCAGGCUACCAGGGUUUUUGUUUUGGACUGCCAGUCACAAUUCUUCGAGGCAGAUGCUGACUGUGUGUAAGCUUCGACUAUUUACAGUUCACAAGUAGAGUCAGAUUCCAUAUCACGUGUUUGGUGGACCUGUGAAGUGAGAUUGUGUUCCCUCGAUCAUGUCUGAUAUUAGCAGCUGGGAGGCGGUGACUGCUAAAAAUGGCAGUGAUCCUACAGCAAGUGUGAGGAUUUCUACCAUUAUUUAUAACCUGGACUCAUAUAUAGACUUGAGAACUUGACGUCAGAAGUAGACCAGCUGUUUGCAGGAGUUACUGCCCAUAGGCUGCCCCAUCAACAGCAGUCAAAAUGUAGCUUGAGAGUACUCUUAAGUAAAUGGACUGAAAUGGUGGACUGUACUUAUAAAAUGCUCUGUAUCACUUUAAUUUACCAAUACCGAAAUUUCUGACACUAACCGAUGCCAUUUUGCCCAUGUCAAUGUAUUCAGUGCCAAAAAAUGAAUAAAUAAAAGUUGGUUUUGGAUGUGUGUAGGUAGACGAUGGCCUCAUGUCCCUUUAAGACACUGUCCUACGUGGGAGACAUGACUCCACCCCAUCCAGUCUGUAAUAAAGAGGGAAAGACAGGUGAGGAGAUGGAGGACGGUUCAAAAGUUGUAGGUGGCUGAAGUAGAAGAAGUUAAUGUGGGAGGGGGUGAGCAGCUUGUGGAGUAGUUAUCGUCCAUUUAUCGUUAUUGAAGGGAACUGUUCAAUAUAUCGUGACAUUGAUUUGAGGCCAGCCCUAAUGUCACAUUCACACUGAUGGCAUGUUUUGUUUUGUUGUUUGUUUGUUUCUUGCUCAUCUGGGCCACAGACUUUACUAAAUUUAAUUUAACUUAAUUUAACUUAAGCAGUCAAAAGACAGCCCACAAAGCAUUUAUGGAGAAAAGAACUGAGAUUGAUUUGAGGCCAAUGAAAUAACUAAAUUGGAAAAAUUCUUGCUUGAAAUCAAAAGGAUACAAAAGUAUAAUAAAGACAAGAUUUGUAAGAUAGAGCUAGAAUGUACAACAACAGUUUUUUGAAAACGACAGAUGAUUCUAGUGAUAAAACUAAAGGUACACUUAAAUGAAACAGUUUGAAACAGAAGUUAGUCGACUCUAAAUCAAAUUUCUAAAAUGUCCAAAAGUGCAUUUAUGCCAAGGAGUUGCAGCAACUUGUUCCAGGAGUCAGGGGCGGAGUAACAAAAAGCAGUCUUUCCAAGUUCAGCUCCAGCUCCAGGAAGUAAUUGAAUUGAGGAGUGUGUCUGAUUAAAAACAAACAAACAAAAAAACAAUUUGAGAAAUGAAGGAGUACAGUGAGGUAUGGUGGUAAAUCUCAUGCCUCUCCUUUUUUCUCUAUUUACAUGUUUUUUCAGUCAGUUUUGUUUUUCAAAAUUAAAAAAUUAAAUUAUAGAAAAACACAGGGCUUACUAACUUAAAUGUAUCUGCUAUUGCACUCUGUAUAUCAAAGACAUCUUUUCCAGAGGCUUUGUCAUGUUUUUACUCAGAGGAUGGGACAGGGGUUCGAGUAGGAAACCAAGACAAGAGAAUGAGGAGAGUCAUAACGCAGCAGGUCAGAUUCAAACCCGGGCCUGCUUUGACAACUACAGUCUCUAUGGAGUGUGAGAUUUAACCACAGAGCCAAAAUACAGCCACACUGUGUAUUUAGCAUGAUAAUGGUGAGCAGGUAGAUUGAUUCUGGACUGAGAAUUUGGAUCAGCUAGUUAUCAGGCAGCAGUCAAUGCUAAGUUGCCUCUGUUGUAAUUACAGCCAUGCGAGGUGUACCACACACAAAUUGUGUGCUGGAUUUGUCCAUAGGUCGAUUGCUGUUGAGUAAAUCUACCAGGGGACCAAAGGCUUUUUGGGUGGUUCUGACCUCUAAAAGAUUUGAAAUGCUUUGAAAGAAACCCUUGGAGGACUGCUCCAAAUCCUGGCCAAGAACAUUUGCUGCUUCUCCUUUCUCUUAAGCUGUCUUGUCUGAUACAGCCAAAAAUGACAACAAAAAACAAAAAUAAUGUUGGUCAUGAACACUGGGAGCAUAAAAUUCUCCAAAGCUGAACAUAAAUAAAACCAGACUUUCAAGGAUUUCAUGGGAUAAUGGUGUUUAACGCUGUGCCCCACCUGUCUGAUGCUCUCAGGCUGAAAUUACUGGGACUAGAAGAACUUGAGAAAGUAGUGUCACGGUAAAGCUUAACAUCCAGGAAAUGUGGUAGUCUCAAAGUUAUUCUCACCCUGAUACAGAGCAACCCCUCCCUUAGCACAUCCACCCAGCUCCUCUUCAUGCCGUCUGCCCUAUAUUUCCUGUCCGGCCUGCUAUUCGCAUACAGUGACCUAAUAGGACACGGCUGCAGGAGGUUAUAGAUUGAUGGGGAUCAGAGGAAGAGGAAGAGAUCUAGGGAAGCUGGCUGGGGUGUUUAGGAUUAUUCAGGGGUCUUUGUGUUGUAGAUAAAAACAAAGGAGUGAGAGCAGGAGCCGAAGCUAAACAGACAAAGCAGCAGGGUCAGGGCUGGACAGGAGACCCACCCUCCCACUUCCUCCUCCGCCCUGCAUUGCAUCAGCUGAGAUUAUUUCACCGGCGGCUCUCGGAGGAAGAAAUUUGAACAGAUGUGAGAGUUUUUUGUUUUUUUUGACGGAGAUGAGAAAGGAGAGGAGAGAUGAGUGGGCGGGGUUUGCAAAGUCAGCGCAGUUUGGGGUCAAAAAUAUUUCACUCCCCAAAAAAGGACAUGCGCAAGAACACAUGAACCCAAAUAGUUUUGGUGUUGAGCAGCAGAAUUUUUCCUCCUCUCAGCUCCCCAAAUAGGCAACAAGGAUUUCACAAGAAGAGAGCUGAUUGUGUCAGGUGGUGACGAGUCUCCUGCACUUCUGCUUUCACUUUUUAACACCUAAUAUGCCUUUUCCCCUACAUUUCUGAAUUUCGGGAUCAACUUGCUCAAUCCCACACUCGUGGUAUUUAUUUUGAUCAUAACUCAAACUUUUAGGGCCAGGAAGAUCUUAGGAUAAAAUCUGAGGUGUGUGAUACCGUUAUGUUUAAAUCACAGCGUGUGUCUCUUUCAGCAGUGAAGGUGUGUGCUGAUAGUGUGUAUUUCUAUGUGUAUGUUGAGCGUCAGAGACCUUUGUUGGGGUCAGGUCAGAAUUACAGAGCACACAUUCAGAGGAAGAGGUGACACCCUAUAAUAAGUGUGUAUUUGUGUGUCCACAUAGUGUGUGUGUGUGUGUGUGUGUGUGUGUGUGUGUGUGUGUGUGUGUGUGUGUGUGUGUGUGUUGCGGCUGGCUGUACGGCUGGCUGUCUGGACCUGUUGUGUGUAAUGGCGUUGGUCCAGAGCUAACAUUCCACCACUCUUCUGUAAUAUCGCACUGCCUUAUGGGUACAGAAUGUGCUUAUUUUCACAGCACGUAGUGUUGACAAUUUCUUUUUUUUUUCUCACUCACUCUUUCUCUCUCCCUGUUAUUUUUCUUGACCCCCCCAUCCCCCCUCUCUUCUCUUUCUCUCUCUCUCUCCUCAGAUUUGAUAUCUACCGGAAAGUGCCAAAAGAUCUCACCCAGCCAACAUACACAGGAGCUUUCAGUGAGUUAAGUCCUUAAAUGACAGUAGACCAAAACUUACCUCCUUUUAUGUGUCUGUGGGAUUUAAGAAUAAUGUUAUAUUUAUUUGGAGCUUAGUUUUUAGCAUCGUCCAUAUAAAUGUAAAUAAAAUCUAGCAUAUCAGGUUUUCUUAGGUUAGGUUGAUUAGGUUGAAAUGGUGAAAGGAGGCGGGGGGGUUCCAACUGUUUUCAACCAACAGCCUUCGCUCAGUGUUAUUGACAUCUACCAGUAGGGGUGGGAAUCACCACUGGCCCCACGAUACGAUAUUAUCACGAUACUUGGGCCAUGAUACGAUAUUAUUGCUGUUUUUAACAUUUUACAAGACAGUGAGUUUUGCAAUACGAUAUAUUGUGAUCUAUACAUAUUUUUCAACUGUAAGCUAAUUUAGCGUUUGGCUUUCCACUAUGUUGUCUUAUUUACGCUGUAUUUUAUUCUCAUGUAGCACAUCUUGCAAACCUUAUAUAUAUUUGUUGUACUAACUUUCUCCUGCUUUAUGACGUCACCUCUGCCAACCUCACUGGACAAACAGUUGAUUUAAUUUUUCCAUUGUCAUAGAUUUGACUUCACAUUAGCAAUUAAUCUGAAAAAUCGAUACUUCAUACGAUAUAUCACCAGACAAAAUAUUGCAAUACUAUGCUGUAUUGAUUUUUUCUCCUACCCCUAUUAACCAGAUUAAACUACUGUCAAACUGGGCUCUGCUGUGCUUUGAGACGUCGCCUGUCUCCAGCGCUGCUAGUAAAUAAUUGUAGCAUAGUGGAAGUAACCAUUACAGCAUAGAGACAGUAACCGUUAGUCGGUUAAACAUGCAAAACCCUGACUCCAUCCUGGGCUGACAGAUGUUGCUCAUAAGCGCCCAUGAUAACCACAAUAACAUCAAACUCAAGUGAAGAAAUGAACACAUGUAGUUUUCUUUUCCACAUCUUUUCUAACGUAUUGGAGAAAUUCAAUGUACAGUCAUUAGAUAGAAUUAGCUGUUGCGGGUAUUACACAUCUUUGUGAUAACUUGGCUAACUGGUUCAUGACUCACAGCUCUCGUGUCUCUUUUUUAAAAUACCGUGUGUCAUUAUUCCAUUUUUUCUUUUUUGGAUGACAAAAAACAGGACAGACUGUGUUCAGCAGUGAAAUGCUGCAUCUUUAUUAUUCAUUUGUUUCCUCCCGUUGUCAGUGGUUGAGGAUAGCACUUAGUUUUACUGUCUCAGUUUUGUGAAAGUUGUGAAAAAAUGUGACAAACCAGACUUACUCCGACACCCACAUUUUUCUAUUUCACUUGACUGACAGCCUUGCCUUCAGCGUCUGCUCUUCAGGGCCAAUUACUAGAGUCCCUGCUGCUGUGGCAAGACUUUAGAGUUCAUAUUCAGCAUACAUAAAGAGUCGAAUAGAAAGUAAACAGAAAGCAGAACCAGGUAUUGCUGGUGGGUGUUUUCAGAAACAGGUAGGGGAAAGGAGGAGUUGACAUCUGUAAUUCAAGUACCUGCCUGUCAAAGCUACGUCCUGAUGGAGUCAUUGAGCUCGGGGGCUAUACCUGUUUUAGCACAACUAGUAUGGUAAGAAUGUUAAUGAUCAAGCUCUUUCAUCGCCACGGGCCCUUGAGAAGUCAUCAGUGGAAAUCUCAACGCUUUUCCUGUCAUGUCAUGUGCUUUCCUGCUUGUCAUCAAUCAGUCAUUGUGUAAUCAGGGAUUGUAUUGAUUAUUCACAGCUUGCUUGAAUACAAUAGGCCCCGUGAUACAUUUUUAGCCCCUCAGUCAUUUUCUAGUAUUGGUUAUUCAUUAGUCAGCUGAUGACAGCGCGAAGUAGAACAAAACGUCAAGUCCAAACCAAACCGAUGACAGAUUGUGUAAGCAGUGAUGUUGCUGAACUGUGAACAGUUUGAAAAUGAUUAUUAACACUUUCCUGGAGGACGGGGAAGAGAAUGGGUCUGCUAAACAUAAAUGCACAGUUUCCACCCAGGAGGGAAAUGGAUGGAAGUUCAGUUCCUGCACAGUUACCACCCUUCCUGUCUCCUUCCACCGUCUAGGGCUGAGGGCAUCGGGUUGAUUUAGAUAUUAGACACCAGCCCACAGCAGCUCAACCCGCAUUUUGACUUAUGUUGUUCAUGGGUAAAAAGGAACAGACCCCCCCCCCCCCACACACACACACACACACACACACACACACACACACACACACACACACAAAGGUCAAAUACUUGACCCUGUCUGCUUUUGUUAUUUUGUUUUAGAGCCACAUUCCUUUGGGCUCAAUUUCUAUGGUGCUUACUGUGGACGCGACCUCUGUUUGGGCCUCAGACAUUUUCAUAGCCGAUCUUGCUUAGUGGGGAACUCAUGUAUCAACCUGUAAUGUGAUUUAUUUUCUGUCAAACUGUCCAAACUGGGGGGAGGGUCAUGGGAUCAUCUGAUUACAGAUAAGCAGGGCUAGUUUACAAGGCUGCCAGCUGAUUCACGGUGUUACUGUAUCCAGUCCUUUGUGUCACAGAUUAGUAAUAAUGGAGCAACUUUUUCAUCCCCCUUCAUGGCAUGGGUACGUGCCAGGAUGGAUGAGCUCGAGACUUAAUAAAAACCGCACAUUUACAGUCUUUACAAAUCAUUGGGCUUGUCAGUGUUUCCAUGGCAGGCCUUUUAAAAGUUUAAAUCAGUGGCAGCCUCUUUCUUUGAUCUUCUUUAAUCCUCCUUCCAGUAUUUGACUCUUUCAAACCCGGGAAGAAUUACCGUAGACGGCUUUGGAUGAGCCUGAAUUGAUGUCCGAUGUGUCAUAGCGACACUCCCUUUUGUUUGGUGGUUAAACAUCACCUUAUGUAAAGCCUCCACCGGCUACAGGUUUGGCCCUGAUGCCCUGCUAACCACAGGGUCAUGUGACUGUGAGCUGCUAGGAGACUGUUGCCACGUAAACACGCCUCACCUGCUGAGUGUAAGCUUCCUGAUGGAGGCUCUCGCCAUACCAGAUAGACCGCAGUUGCGCAGACACAGAUCAGUUCCUUCCAUAUUUAUCUUUGUAAACACAUGAGAGCACUUGAAAUGUGCUGAUUAGUUUGACACAUGAAAUGAAACACAUGCCACAUGUCCUUUCAAGUUUAGACUUUGUUUGAACCCAGACCAGUGCUUUGAGUGGGAAAUAGAAGUGUCAGUACUCCCCUUUUUGACUUGUUGGCAAGUGUAUUGUGCGCCCACUACCAGUUAGCCAUGAGUAUGGUGUUCAAAAUGUCCACAGUUAAUAAAAGAUACCAGAAUAUGAUCCUGAUCUUAACCACACACUUCUUCAGUGUGUCACACAAACAAAGAACCUCUGGAUCUUUGCAUCACCACGCUACAGUCCACGCUACCAUCUACUUUAGGGGCUACCAUGUAUCAUCAAGAGAAACAUUUAUACGGGGAGGACGGGAUAGGGUGCUGGCAGCUGGUGAGAAGUCCCAGGAUGUUGAAACAGUCCAAAUACACCAUGGGGAUCUAUUUGGAAGAGGCCACACUGUGUACUGAGGCACUGACCCAGACUGAACAGGAAUACUUGAGCUUUUCUCAGUUUUUACAAACUUUAAAUACACUGAUUGGUUACUGUCUAAAGUUUGCUGGAAAGAUUGGCACAACUGACCUCAAACCCACCCUGGUAGACUGUUAGAGGGAAUGGCUGUGUUCAGAGCGAACAAAAUCACCGUACUAGAACCAAAUGAACAAAUGAACACCAGAGCAAAGUGCAGCAAACAAACUGACAUUUCUCCACUGAUCUAUAUGGACAGAUUUAAAGACGAUAUAACAUUUAAAUUAUAGUAAUGGGCUCAUGUACCAGUAUUCUCAAACUCAUUUAUCCAGAUACAAAUACACACCUUUUUUUUCACAACACCAAGUCUCUCCUGGACUAGAAUAUACUAGUGACUCUUAGAAGAGUGUAUUUGUUUUUUUAAGAUAAAAGACAUAAAACAAACUUCACAAUGGAUUCAUGAUUUUAAAAAGGAUGAUACAUUUGAUUUUUAAAUGUAGUUUCUGCUUCAUUUCUUAGCUUUGUGGAGUGACUGACGUAGAGGCUGCUGUCAGGUUUUUAUCCAAACUUUUGUAAAAGACUUGUUGCUUUUCGUCUCUGACCCUUUUAAAAAUACUUCCGCACAGCUGACUUGUUUAAGUUUGUUGUUUUCACACGCAAGCUUUCGUUAUGUGUACCUACUCGAUGAGUCACAUCAUCACCAGACAUGCUUGUAUUUGCCAGUGCUUAUAAUUGGCUUUUUCACUUGUCAUGGGACAGUAUCAGUUAACUGAAAACACUGUGCAACCCGACUUUAUAAGUUAGCAUAGAGGUCCUUGUGAGGAGUUCCUAACUGAUUGUAAAACACUUUACAGGAUUAUGAAGAUUUUUUUUCAAACUGAGUAAAAUCUACUAAUCUUAAUACCUUAAAAAGUUGGUGGGAGGAUGUCUAAAUAUGUACAGGAUGAAAAAGGAGUGUCCCUUUGACACAAACUGAAAGUUCCUCUCAGUUCGUCUAUAAGAAGCAUCAGAGCUGAUUUUGCCAAAAAAGGCUUUAGCUCAUUUUUUAAGUGCUAAAAAUGCUCAAUGAUUUUGCCUGAUCGUCCAGAUUUGGCCUCUGUCUCGGCUUUUGUUAAGAUCAGCUGUGGUCAGAGUACAGUAAUUGUCAGUGUGUGUGAGGACACCUAAAUUGAGCUGUUUGAAGGACGCACAUAACAUGAGCUCACCUCUCCAAAGCGGAUAUGCUGUCAUGGCUGCCUGUUGUGUUGGUAUUUAAUGUGUAAUUAGCGUAGGAGGGUUUGUAAAGACCUGCGUAAUGGUGGAAUUAACACUCCCAGUAAAAGAGCUAUUUAGAGAAAAACUUUAUGGCCCCUGUGAUUUCAUUAAUGUCAGAAUCUUAGCUCAGCUGUUCCUUAAGGCUGGAACAGCCGGGCUCGUUUUGUUUUCAUCACCUUAUUAAAAACCGGUCUAAUUAGAGAUUAAAGUGAAGAGGUGCCAUAUUGGAGCUCAACAGGGAUUUAGGUUUAAACAAAGUCUUAACUCAAACUUUCUUCCUCUCUGCCCACAGUUUCCAUCCUCUGCUGUGUCUUCAUCCUCUUCCUCUUCCUGUCUGAGCUGACUGGAUUCAUAGCCACUGAAAUGUAGGUAUCACCCAUCACAUCCUAGAAUAACCGUCCGUCUCUCGUAAUAUCCGGUGGCUGAUCUAGAGAUAGCUUCUUUGUUGCCCCGCAGGCACAGGACCUGCCGUCUGAUAUAUAUACGAGAGACGGGGACUUCAUCAUGAAUGCCAAUGCCUCUAUUAUGAUGUACUCAGCUCUGCGCCUCUUGUAGCCAAUAAAUGGAGGCUGUUUUCUCUCAGGAAAUUGGCUUUGAGUGUGCGUCAGCCUCUUGGCGAUGUGUAAUAAGGGAUGACUAUGGGAGGAAGUGACAAGAAGGAAAUUGCACUGUCAGAGAGGCGCAUUAAUUGGCAGAAGACGUAUCUACUCCAGUGUUACAUUCGGGACACAAAUCCAGUAUUGUAGCUGAAAUUGACUGUUUUUCUUCACAUUCAAGGUUUUCUUUUGGUUUUCAGAUUUUCUAAUGAGCCGUUUCUUCUUCUUCUUUCUGCCCCUCACAGUGUAAAUGAACUGUAUGUGGAUGAUCCUGACAAAGACAGUGGUGGGAAGAUAGAUGUGAGUUUAAACGUCAGUUUGCCAAACUUACACUGUGAUUGUGAGUAUAAUAUACAUAAUAUACAUAAAUGUACAGCUCUUCAUUUCUCUGCAUUUCACCCUCUCUUUGUGUGUUCUCCUUUUCACAUGUUUUAUGGCCUCCUUUCUACUGUUACUUAUCAGACAGCACGCCUUAUCAUGUAACACGCCACACUGGCAAAAGAUAAAUACCGCCUUAGAUAAAGAGGAGGCCUCACAACAACAUAAUGGUUUGUUUACCUGCUCUAGUGUGGCAUGCUCGUUGAUAACACUCGAUUUUUCACCCAGCCUCCAGCCUGUGCAGCCUCUAUUUGAUCCGCUUCUUCCACACAGCCCCCCAUCUCUGGUAUAAAGUUGCCUCUCCUGGCCUGUGUUUUGCCUCAGCGCUUGAGAAGUGGGCAGGCCAGGGCGAUGCUUGCCAGGAUGGAGAGUCACUGGUUAUUUGCUCCUCAUGACUGCUGUCAGAAACUAUUCCAAUGACAAAUCACACACACACACACACACACACACACACACACACACACACACACACACACACACACACACACACACACACACACACACACACUAUCACAGAUGCACACACACCAGUUGGAGUGCCCAGAAAACACAUUCAUUGGAUUCAAGCGAUAUCCAAAAAUGGCAACGCUAAUAAAUGCCUGUGUGAAAAAUUCAGUCCAGAUUUCUGAAGAGAGAUUCUCUGGCACACAUGCGCACACAUGUCGGCCAUGUGUUCAGACGAGCUCUCUCAUCACAUGCCUAAACAAAGGCCUCCUCUUGCCGUUUCCAAUUAAAGCUCUUGAUGAUAGUAUGUAUGUUGGUUUUGUUUAUUUGCAGAAUUUAAACCUUUCUUCUGCAGACCUGUGGGGGCCCCUUAAAUACCGGGCUCAGGCACGCUGGUCUAACCACACGGCUGCAGCUGGAUGUUAUGGCCAGAAAUGUUCCUCUGCUGUUCACCCAGAGGGUUAAUAUUCUACAUCUGGUUAUUUUCCAAACAGGCCGUCAUCCUUUAAAGAUUGACUGAAAGGGAGAAAUCAUUUCAUCAUGGAAAAGCUUGCAUUUCCCUCUUUUUUUUGCUGCUGCCCUGCAUUUCUCUCCUCUGACCUUUACAGGUUGCUUGGCCUUGGUUUGUGACUCAAUGGAAAAGCAGAACCAGCAUGUAAUAAUCUUAUAAUAAUCCCUCCACAGCAGCUCAGAUCCACUUUAAACGAACUCUCUACCGAGUGGAAAUGUCUUAAAAAGGAGAAACAAGCAGCUCGGACGCGCUCGCACUGACUUAGCUUAUAUUUGUGCGCUGUAUUUAAAGAUCUGGACAGAGGAGCGCCGUGGGGGUCGAGCUUGUCUUGAAUGUCAAAGUUCAGACAGGCGGCGUGUGGAGGUUUUAGCACAGACCAAACAGACAGCCCUCUCUCCUGCACUGCACUGCAGGCCCACACUCCACACAGGCCUGCUCUGAAAAUAGGCCAGUGCCAGUGUGCCAAUCCACAGAGGUCUGCAGGGGAGAGGGGGGAGGGGGGUUUGAGAGGUCUGGAUGGAAAAACACAGACAGAGAGAGAGAGAGAGGGUGACGGGCAAGAUAGGUGGUCUGUGUCCUUCUGUGUUUACUCUGUGGGACACAUUUUGCAGAGACAGUGAGACUUUCUCUCAUCAUUCCUCUAUUGUGUUAGUGAAGAGGCGCUCAGGUGGUUACCAGAUACAAAAGUGACACACCUGUUGAUUACCUUUAUUUUCCACUUCUGUUAACAACGCUUAUCAAUACUUAAUCACAGAUCAUAAUAAUAAUAAUAGUAAUAAUAAUAAUAACUUUAUUUGUAUAGCACUUUUAAAAAAACCGAAGUUUACAAAGUGCUUUGACAUGUAGUCAUAGAGCACAUGGAAAAAGACAGAUAAAAACAAAAAGCUUAGUAAAAGCGGAAUUGAAGGCCGUUUUUAUGUCAUAAGGAACCCAGACAAUACAAGAACCAUGCAACAUAAAAUGAAACCAUGAGGACCAAAAUAAAAACAUAAAAUAGUUCAGAAAAAAAGAAAAUGCAAUUAAAAGGGAGGAGGAAAGCAGAAACAGGAUAGUAAAUUUAAAAGGCAAUAUCAACAAUGAUAGUAAAAUAAUAAGAGGUAAUACUGAUAAUAAAAGUUAUGAUAAAAUAGAGCAAAGAGCAGAUGGUAGAAAUGUGGCUCUAAUGGUUUGUGGCUUUGUUUUCUACAAUAAGGCUUGUUUGCACAGAGAUAGAGAAGUAUAACUUGCUCCAAACGAACAUAGAAUGAAUCAUUCAAAUCUGUGCAAGCACACACAGAGGCAGUCUCCUCAGGAGUGAAGUUUGUGAAGCCUUAAACUCAGUGUUUUUUGAGCUGCUCUGUACAGCUUUAGUUAUUUAGGCCCUCACUUUGUACUAAAAUAUGAAGAAUUUAAAUCCCCUGAGACCAAAAGCCUGCCUCAAGAACAAGCCAGCUCUUUAAAAGGGCCCGACACCUGAGGCAGUAAAAACGAAUAAAAAAACAGUACAUCUACAACUUUUCAAGAGAUGUGAAGACUCAUUGUCCUGACACUUGAGGAGCUCUUUUCUCCUCACAGAAUACCUGCAGCACAUGUUCUACAGAUUGCUUUUGUGUUGUCCUCUUUGAAACAGUGACCUCAGUUUUACUUAGUGGUCAGCUGAAUGUGAAAGCGUUAUUCUUCAUAACUGUAUGUGAUGGUGAAUCACUGACCGCCACAGUUACAUAAGUGUUGCUUCUCAUGUAUGGAUAUUUUGGAUGUUGAAAUAGUUAAUGUUUAACAAGAUGAACCGUGACCUUUCUCACAGAACAUGGGAAGAUUUUUGAUUGAUGAAGAAGCUGUGUUUGAUUUUUGCUUCUAUUUCCUCUCCUUUUAAAUAUUUUUCAUCUCCUCUGUGUCUCCUUGCUCCCUCAGUGUUGGGUUUGGACAUCCAGGAUGAGAUGGGCCGGCACGAGGUCGGUCACAUAGACAACUCGAUGAAGAUUCCCAUUGACAACGACAGUGGCUGCCGCUUUGAGGGAGUCUUCACCAUCAACAAAGUAAAUCCUCCUCACACUGUGGAAAAUACUCUUCAAAUGAGUGUCUUUACUCAGCGGACUCCCCCAGAGUGAGGCCAGAAUCUGCCUUUUUUCUGAUACAACAAUUCACAUGAGGCCUGAACACAACCUCUCAGGCUAAACGUCGUUUAUUUGCUGUGAGCCUCGGUUUGAGAUGAAUGAAGUAGAGCUGCUUCCUCCUCCUGUCUAAAUCAAGUUACAUGUAACGUUAGAGCUCUGGGAUCAGUUUGAGUUACAUCUGACAGUAUAGUCUGGACUCUGUGAAGCGCUGUUUGUGCUUCCACCACCUUGUGCGUCACACUUUCCAUUACACUUAAAAUAAUUAACCAACCUGUGGUACAUUUAACGCUCGACCUGGUGGAAUGUUUAGUAAUCUAUGAAACGUGUCAAAGUAGGAGUAAAGGAUCAUUUAGUUUCCCGACACAUUUGUGCGCUCGCAUUCAGACUUGGUCAUUAGUUAAGUGGAAGUGCUGCAGGUACUUGUACACUCGUACUACUAUGUGUGUGUGUGUCUUCAGGUACCAGGAAACUUCCACGUGUCGACGCACGGUGCUACAUCGCAGCCUUCAAACCCUGACAUGACCCACAUCAUCCACAAGCUGGCCUUUGGGGAAAAGCUCAUGGUCAGGACUGAUUCAAAACAUACCGAAUAGAAACGAUCCAGAGAAGAUGGAGUUUGAACAAAGAUCUCUUUCUCCUCUUUUUUUUUUCCCUCAUUCAGGUACAAAAAGUAAAAGGAGCCUUUAACGCAUUAGGAGGGGCAGACAGGCUGUCCUCCAAUCGUAUGUAUUCUCCCCGCACAUGUUCUCAUCAUAACCACUAUGUCACAUUUAUGUAAGGCUGCUCUGGUGUUGGAUGAAGCAAUGAAAUAGGACACCUAGUGGACAUAUUGAAUCCAAACUGAGUGGAAACUUUCUCCACACAGCUGACACCGCAUGUCACAUGGAGAAGCCUGCAGCCUGUUGCGUCACGAACAAAACUGCAUCCUUUUUUGGGAACUUUCUCUCAAAAGUUAAAACAACUUUUUCAUUUUUUUUUUCUUGCAGCUCUGUCUUCACACGACUACAUCCUGAAGAUCGUCCCGACGGUGUAUGAAGAUCUGUCAGGCAGGCAGAGGUUCUCCUACCAGUACACAGUAGCCAGCAAGGUGCUUUUUUUUGUCUUCAUGUUUUUCCCCAGUUAGAUCAUCCCUCUGAGUCAUGUUGUUUUGGCAUUUGUCAUGGAAGAAGUGUGACCAGCCCAACAUAUGGUCAGAGCAUGUAUCGCUGUGUUAACUUGUGCACUCACCUGGAAGCUGAAGCUCACCCCUAGAGACUGGAAACACUCGCACAUGUCAACAAACCAUAAAAAUACUUCCUAGAACAGUGCUGACUGACAGCUGGGUUUGGGGUUUUUGGUCAUAACAGUGCAGGUCAGCUGUGAGAUGAGGGGGAUGAGGGCCUUUGCAAGAUAAUCGGAAAUCUCAUGUGAAAGCAUAAAUACAGGUCCAGAUGGGGCCCACAUCGUCCAUUGCUUGGACUUUAGCCUAGAUCGUUUUUCAGAGUUUUACUUUUGAUGAUAUAAAACGAAGGCUUGAGAAUGACCACUAGGAUCUGUCAUCACGUAGUAAUUCCUAACACACUGCUCCCUCUCCCUGCUUACUUAACCAGUUUUAUUGAGCCAACAUUCAUUUUUAAUGAAUCAUUUAUGACUUAAAUGUGACUGGACUGAUACACCUCAGGAGAAAAUCAUCACAGUCAAGAUUUCUCUGACAUGAUUAGUAAACGUAAUGAGAUUAACUGUCUUAACGGGCUUAAUUGAAUCUUUUUUUUUUAAUUCACCCUGAAUAAAAAAUAUACUGAAACUUUUUUUUUAUUUGUUUCCUCGCUCAGGAAUACAUCGCUUACAGCCACACGGGCAGGAUCAUCCCGGCCAUCUGGUUCCGAUAUGAUCUCAGUCCAAUUACAGUCAAGUACACAGAGAGGAGACAGCCAAUCUACCGCUUCAUCACAACGGUGAGACACUUCCCCUCUCUGCAUUGGGGGAAAAUUUUGGCAGCGUGGCCAAAAGUUGACGGAAUUUUUUUUUUUUUGUAAGGUUUCAUAAAGUCUUCAUCUUAACAAUUAUUCUUCAGUUUAAUCUUGAGGCUGGAUUUUAUUAUCACUUAUGACCCGUGGAAGCAAGUCAUAAACACAUCUCUGAUUUUGUUAUCAGCAUUGAAGCUGAAUUUAGUCAGAGAGGAUGUAAGUCGAGUAAUCAGACUCUGUCAGUUCUGGUCUGUGCUGAUAAUAAUAGUAAUAGGAUACCAUUUCCAGGAUGAUGACUUAUAUCACUUAAAAAGGAAGAUUAAGAUGGUUUAUAGCUUUACUGGGUCAGUUAACAUUACAGAAGAAUUGGUUAAGCAUCUCAACACAAUGAGUGAGUGUUAAAAAAACGAUAGAAGUCCUCAAAAUAAAGAGGUAGGAGUCAAAACUAUGAGCAGCUUUUUAAAACAAACAGGUAUCAGAAAUGAUGACUAGCUUUGUCAAAGUGUUGGAGUAGUACCUCUGGGGUAUUAUCUCAAACACGGACUGACGCAAUGACUCAAUACGUCAAAAUAAUUUGUAGUAAUUUAAGAACUUUUUUCUCAAAAUAUGAAACCAUUGCAGAGUAAGGAUGUGUUAUCAGAACAUAUCUUAAUAAAUGAUCAACUUUUUUCACAAAGACAUAAACUCCCUUUUCAAAAACCAAUAAAAAUGUAAAUGAAGAUACUUAAAUCUUUAACUUUCUUCAUCUAUUUUAUCUUUCCAUGACUCCAUUCCUCACCUGACCUUGAUUUGUGAGGAAUUCAAGCUACGCAUGUUUUCCACCUCACCGGGAAAGCUUCCUGCUGACUGAUAAUGCAGUCAGGGUUAAAUUGGCUGCCUGACUGAUGAGCUACACUGUUAUUUGUCUUUUGUGUUGUUUAGGUUUUUCAUGACUUCAGGAUAUGACGGAGCUUAUAGUGUGAUUAUGACUCAUGGCUUAAGAUUGUGAGUCAAGCAGCAGCAGCAGAACUGUUUGCUGGAUUCCUGAGGUGUCAAUGUGAUUGUCACGAUUGCGUCUCAUAAAAAGCAGCUGAUAUUGAGCUGUUUGUAACAGGAGUAAAAAAAUAUAUAUGUUUUAUUUAUUUUACUGUAGAGUCUAACAGAGUGAUUUGUUUGUGCAGAUUUGUGCCAUCAUCGGGGGGACGUUCACAGUCGCAGGAAUCAUCGACUCCUGUAUAUUCACAGCUUCAGAGGCCUGGAAGAAGAUCCAGAUUGGAAAAAUGUCAUGA